GGGUACUUCCGGUCCUUCUCAACCCGGCCCUCCCCUCUGCCGGGACAGCCGCUGCCCGGCUAACCGGGGGCGAUGUCGGACACAUGGAGCUCGAUCCAGGCUCACAAGAAGCAGCUGGACUCGCUGCGGGAGCGGCUGCAGCGGAGGCGCAAGCAGGACCCCCUGGGUAAGGGAAGCAGGCGAAGGAAGCGCAGGGGUGUGUGGAUAGGAUAGGAUAGGAUAGGAUAGGAUAGGAUAGGAUGCUAGGAAGCACCAGGGCAGGGCUGCAUCCAAGUAAGUCCUGCUCAGAGUAGACCCAUUGGUAUUAAUGGACCUAGGCUAGGCGCGAGUAGCUGAAGUCCAUUCUCCUCUUGAGUAUGGCUGAGGCUCCCGUUUGCACCAUACAUUUAAAGCGUUACCAUGCCACUUUAAAGAGUUUUGGUUUCCCAAAUCCUGGGAAUUGUAGCUUGUCAGGAGACACUCCUAUUCUCCUCACGGAGCUACAGUUCCCAGAGUUCCCUGGGGAGAAGGGUUGGUUGCCAAACCACCCCAAGAACAGGUCCAGAACAUAUUUUUUUAAGAGCCCCGGUGAAUCAGAUCCACUAUCCUCGCUGCGCCUGAAUACAUCUUCUGGCCAACAUCGUCUUUGCGUGGCUGCCCGUCUGUGCAUCAUCUAGUUGCUUUCAUUUAUUUAUUUUUCGAUUUUAUGCAUUUCAGUAAUGUUACAAAUCAUUUUAACACUUCGAAACACGACUUCCUUCCUCCUCUUUAUGCGGUUCCUUAAUUUUUUUAAAAAAAUAUUUUCUGUGUAUUCCAAAUUAACUUAAUCAUUUAUUCAUCUACUUUAAAUGUAUACUCUUAUACAGGCUUCCUCAACCUUGGCCCUCCAGAUGUUUUGAGACUACAAUUCCCAUCAUCCCUGACCACUGGUCCUGCUAGCUAGGGAUCAUGGGAGUUGUAGGCCAAAAACAUCUGGAGGGCCAAGGUUGAGGAAGCCUGCUCUUAUAGAACUUCAGGUUGUUACAAUAAUCCUCCCAAUGUUCUUAACUGUUUACAGUUUGUUUGUAAAUAGUCAACAAACCAUUUCCAUUCUAGAUUUCUUAUUAUCUUGAUUUCUUAUUUUUCCGGUAAGUUUCGCCGUUUCUGCGUAUUCCAUAAAGCUUUUGUAUCCGUUGUUGUUUUCAUUUAUCAAUUGACAGUGGCCUACAUCACGCAGUGGCUGCGAAGCCUGCCUUUGGAGGGCAUUUGUCAAUAUAUAUGCUUAGCCUAAGAUGGAUGUAUCCACAGUUACUGUAUUUUUAAUGUGAGCUGAUCCGGCAGGAGCUGUUCUGUUCUUUACUCUUCUUUCUUUUAGUUGCUUGUCUUCCUCCAUGAAAAAAUCGGUUUUAAAAGGAACCAACACCGUGUUUCCAAAAGUUCAUAGCAAGCUUCGUAGCAGAACAUAAGAGGCAGGAUGCCUUUGAGUUCCACUUGCUGGGAAUUGCAAAUGCAGAGAGUGCUGUGAUACUCAGGUUCUGUUUUCAGGCUUCCUUUAGCAAGCCACUGUGGGAGCAGCAAACUAGACUGGAUGGGCCUAUGGCCUGAUCCAGCAACGGCACUCUUCUUUAAUGACCUCAUCUUUCCUUACAUCAGACCUGAGGAAUCCGGACCUGGCCCUCAGCCCUCCCUUUCGAAGCGACAGUCCGGUUCCUUCGUCCGUCACGCCCAGCACCGCCACUGAGCCAGGGGAUCUCGUGGCUGAUCCUGAGCUUGAGAAGAAGCUCCUGCAUCACCUCUCUGACUUAGGACUGGCCCUACCCACAGACGCUUUGUCUAUCUGCCAUGCCAUUUCCACGGUGAGCAUCAAAGCAAUAAAUCUGACUGGAUGUCAUUGUCUGCUUCUCCCCUGACUUGCCCUCUCCUAGGCAAGGUCUACAUUCUUCCCAUUGGUCUGUUCACUUUUAGGGACCCCCAGGUUUAUUUGGGAGUCGGCACAUCCUCUGCAGGAUCCAUUAUCAUCAUUAUUAUUAUUAUUAAAAAUUAUUUAUACUUUUCAAGUUUUUACAUUUCACUACUUUUGAACAUUUCAUUAAUUUUACAAUCAUUUUGACAUUUCAAAACUUGACUUCCUUCCCCCUCCUUAACUUUAUUUUUAAUAUAUUCUGCAUAUCCAAAUUAACCUAAUUUGUUCUUUGAUUCAUCUUCUUUAAAUAUAUACUCUCAUGAAACUUCUGGUUAUUACAAUAAUAUUCUCUGCAGGAUCCUAAGAGUCUUGUUUAUUCUUUAAAAAGUGAGCGGGACAUGGUCCACUUUGUUGCAAAGAAAAACAACUAAAGCUUUAUUAUUAAUUUAUUUAAACUCCCACCUUUUUCCCUGAUGGGACUCAAGGUGGCUUACAGAUAAAAACAAAAAUCACUAAAAAACAUGGGGGGGGAUAAUAAAAAAUAAGACAUUAAUAGAAUUAAAACUAUACAUAUGUAAAGCCAGUUUAAAACUUACAAAUAAUUACAAUAAAAACAGAAUGGCAUUAACUAUGCUUCCUCCCCAUCAGGGCACCCAAAAGUCAUGGCUCUUUCAGUAUGAUUUUCUGUCCCCAGAUGCACCCCCAAAUUCCACUCUUCGGUGGCAGAGGCUCCCAGAGGGGCCUUGCAGAUCAUUAAAAUCAAAACACCAAGACAGUCUGUGUCCAGGCUUAUACCUUGGAUCUCAAACACCUUGGCUCCCAAACAAAUCGGCUCCCGAACGACCAAAACCUGGAAGUGAGUAUUCCGGUUUUCGAAUGUUCUUUCAGAAGCCGAAUGUCCAACGGGGCUUACAGGGCUUCUGAUUGGCUGCAGGAGCUUCCUGCAACCAAUCAGAAGCCGCGCUUUGGUUUUCGAAUGUUUUGGAAGUCGAACGGAUUUCUGGGACGGAUUCUGUUCGACUUCUGAAGUAUGGCUGUAAUUUAAAAGACAUGAAAGGAAGGGGAGUGGGGAGGGGAAAAGUUGCUUGGGCACCGGUUUUUAAAAUUAGCUUCAGACUGGUGUCUCCCAGCCCUACCUGGAGAUGCUGGGGAUUGAACCCAGGACCUUUUGCAUGCAAGGCAGAUGCUUUGCCACUGAGCCACAGCUCUUCCACUCCCCUGUUGUCUGAUGCUGCCGGUCCACACCUCCUCAACCUCCUCUGACUGGCUUACUCCUUCUCCCGCAGCCCGAAGCCCCCGCCACUCAGCGGAGCGUGGAAAGCCUCUUGCAGAAGUUUGCAGCACAGGAGCUCAUCGAGGUCAAACGGGGCCUCCUCCAGGAUGACGACCAGCCCAUGCUGGUCACCUACGCUGACCACUCCAAGCUCUCCGCCAUGAUGGGUGCCGUGGCCGAGAAGAAGGACUCCGGGGAAGGGGUCGGGCCCGGAGGGCCAAAGAGGAGAGCCGGGGAGCAGGACGCCGGGGUUCCCGCCUCCGCGUCCGGGGCCGCUCCCUCUGCCUUGGCGUCUUCCGAGGUGCUCAAGGAGCCCCCCAAGAAGUCUCGCAAGCAAGCCUCGGACCUGGACCUGGAGAUUGAGAGCCUGCUGAGCCAGCAGUCGACGAAGGAGCAGCAGAGCAAGAAGGUAGGGGAGGGGAAAGGGUAGUCAAAUUGUGCGAGUACUUGGAGCUCGCAAAGCUGACAGAUGCAAUAAGAGAUAAACCUAAAAAACUGGUGAAAGAAGAAUGGGAAUGUUUAAAUAAUUAUUUAGGGGACAAGGGCUCAGCAAGAAAGAUCUGGCUACGUUUAGAAUGAUACUGCAUAGAGAAAUGUUCCCAGAUACCAAGAUGAGGGAUUCUUUUGGAAUGCAGAUAGAGAUAAUGGAUAAGAAUAAUGAUCUGUUGUGAGCUUGACGGAAGUGUACAAUAGAUGAGCUCUCCUGCUUUGGCUCAUCUUCCUUUUUCUUUUUCUUUUUCUUUUUUCCCCUAUUUUUCUUUUUUCUUUUCUUUUAUCUUUCCCAUAGUUGCUUAUGUUCUGUGUCAUGUACUUCGAUAUUUUUGGUAGUUUUUAAAGUUUUUUUUCAUUACUAUUAAGGAAUUUUCCUUUGUAAUUUUGGUUGUCUAUAUUUAUAUGUACCUGUUUAAAGCAAAAUAAAAGUUAAAAAAAAAAAGAAGGUAGGGGAGGGAGGGAGGGACGGCUGCUAAAUCCCAAGGUGGUCGUGAAAAACCAGCAGAGUCUGGUCCCUGAGGGCAAAUGGCGCACUGCCUCACCAACCCCAGCCCGCCCUCGGCCAGCCCUCACUUGCCCAUCUUAUCCUGAGGAGGCCACUGCCUGCCAACUUCCUCCUCAAGUUUUCUUGUAAUUCACAGCCAGCUGUUCCCUUUGGCAGUAUCCUGAGAAUGCCCUCAUCAAUAAUAAUAAUAAUAAUAAUAAUAAUAAUAAUAAUAAUAAUUUAUUAUUUAUACCCUGCCCAUCUGGCUGGGUUUCCCCAGCCACUCUGGGCGGCUUCCAACAGAACACUAAAAUACAAUAACCUAUUAAACAUUAAAAGCCUCCCUAAACAGAGCUGCCUUCAGAUGUCUUCUAAAAGUUUGGUAGUUAUUUUUGUCUUUGACAUUUGGUGGGAGGGCGUUCCACAGGGCGGGUGCCACUACCGAGAAGGCCCUCUGCCUGCUUCCCUGUAACUUGGCUUCUCGCAGCGAGGGAACCGCCAGAAGGCCCUUGGCACUGGACCUCAGGCAGAAAGAUGGAGGUGGAGACGCUCCUUCAGGUAUACUGGACCGAGGCCGUUUAGGGCUUUAAAGGUCAGCACCAAAACUUUGAAUUGGUCUUGGAAACAUACUAGGAACCAGUGUAGGUCUUUCAAGACUGGUGUUAUAUGGUCUCGGCCGCCGCUCCCAGUCACCAGUCUUUUCAGACCCACUUUUGUUUGAGAUAGAAAUACAGUAAUCACAAUACACAAAGUGCAACAGGCUGAAUAAUCAUAACAGUGAACAUUUUAUUGGUUGUUUCCUAACAUAAAGGUCUAGCCCAGUAUGUGCAACAUAUACCGUUCAUAUAUACGAUAUAUAACCUAUGAAAAUACAUUUCUUCUUUUCUUAUCCGUUUCUUCUUGUGAGUUCCUGUGUAACACAAUCCUUAGGUAAAAAUAGAAAAGUCUUCAAGGUAACGAGAACAACACAGCUGAUGUAGACUGCUGGUGCAGGUACAAACUGCUAACUUGGGCAGAACAAGGUUUCCGGAUAUCUCCUUUGUUUCCGCCCGAAGGGCUUCCUCAGCUGAUAUUAGAUCUAUACAAUAUAAAUAAACGCAUAGUAAUACAAUAUCAUUUAUAUGUAAGUUAAACAAUGGGGGCGUUAGGAUACAACCUUGCUUAACUCCCUUUGUGCCUGGCACGGCUCCUGUGAGCUUCCCAUUUGUAGAGCUACGCACUUUCAGCACACUGUUUUCUUAUAGGCAUUUAAUCAAGAACAAUAAUCUUUUGUCUAUACUUGAAGCGUUCAACUUAUCCCAACAGUCUUAUUCAAGAGAUUGAAUCGAAUGCAGCUUUCAGAUCAAUGAAAGCUGCAUAGAGCACACUACCUGGUUUCUUAACAUACUUAUCUAUAAAAUGGGCUAGUACAAAGCAAUGGGCUGUAGCUGAUCUGCCUUGUCUAAAUCCUGCUUGCUCUUUGGCAAGAAUAGCAUCAUCAGUUAUCCAAUCAACUAGCUUAUUGUAAAGAUGCUUUACAAUAACCUCCUUUUUACACUAAGUGUUGCCCUUGAAGACGUCAGCAGGGAGGAAAACGACAGCAUAAAGAGAAUUAGUUGGCUCCAGCUGUCAUUGGCUCUGGCGCCACCUGCUGUUGGCCUCUCUGCUUUCCACCCAAUGAGCACCAGCCGGUCCUGGCAAAAUUUGUUUUAUUUUAGGAUUAGGCAUUUACAGCCUUCCUUUCAUUAUGCAGUCCCAAAGUGGGUUAUGUACAUCUCAGUGCAACACCUAGACAUUUAUGCUGGAGGUGUGUUCUGAUCUGGUGCUGCCCCCCUCAAAGACCUGUACAGAAAAAAGGCGCUCCUGAUCUGACGUUGAAAUGUAUACACAGUCGUAACUUGGAAAUCAAAUGGAAUCCGUUCCGGAAGUCCGUUCGACUUCCAAAACAUCCGGAAACCAAAGCGCGGCUUCUGAAUGGCUGCAGGAAACUCCUGCAGCCAAUCAGAAGCUACAGAGGCUCCGUCGGAUGUUCGGGUUCCAAAGAAUGUUCGCACACCAGAACACUCACUUCCAGGUUUGUGGCGUUCAGGAGCCGAAACGUCCGAGUAUCAAGGCGUUCAUGAUCCAAGGUACAACUGUAGUGAGAAGGCCAGAUGCACCUUGGAAGGGGAAACAUUCCACAGUUUGGGGGGCCACCACAGAGAAGGCUCUCUUGUGUACUGCUGCCCCACGAACUUCACAGGGUGGCUGAAAGGUCAGCAGGGCAUCCCUGCACAUCGCAACACCUGGGCAGGUCUGCAUGCUUGGGGUCUAGAGUCCAUAAUUUUCCCAGUGUGCUGUCUCCGUCGAUGGUCAGUUGGAUGGUGUACCCUAGGGGUGGGGGUCAGGAUCUGGCCAGCAGGAGGAUGCUGAGCGCACACACACACACACACACACACAUACACGCUGUGGGCCACUUUUACAAGUGGGUGUGUCCGCACACCUGUCACGUCAGCUGAUAUCACAAUGACAUCAAGUGUUGCAACUUCAAAGAAGAGAAUCCUUGAUUCUUUCCGUUUCAGGCAUGCCUUCAAACUGUGGCUGCAAAGUAGCAUUUUUGCCUUUGCAUCCUGGCUCAAACUCAACCUAGGAGACGAGUGGGGCUUGCAGUCAUUUAGCUCCAAACGCCAAGCCCUGCUUUCAGGAAGGAUUGGCCGCACGUGGGAGCUCCCGAUAUGAUGACAUAUACCUCCCCUUAAAAAGAAAAAAGCCCCCCCCCCAAGAAAAAGACCUGCCCUCUUAGCAAGCAAUGUGGAUGGAGAACAGAAAUGAAGAUUAAUUCCAGUUGGAACCAUGAAGACUGGAAGCCCAGGUAAUUUUUUUGUGUGUGUCUUUCUUUCCACUGACCUGGUCUCGGCCUCCUUGCCUCCCCAGGUGAGCCAGGAGAUCUUGGAGCUGCUGAACACGACGACGGCCAAGGAGCAGUCCAUCGUGGAGAAGUUCCGCUCACGAGGCCGGGCGCAGGUGCAAGAGUUUUGCGACUACGGAACCAAAGAAGAGUGCAUGAAGGCCAGUGACGCCGACCGGCCGUGCCGAAAGCUCCACUUCCGGUGAGCCUCUGGGGUUCAGUGAGCCCCAAAACAGUUUUGGAAAUGCUGCAGGAGUUCCAGAAACUUUUAGAGUGGGAUCUUGGAAGUCAGGCUUUGUGACUGAGCGCCGGGGUCUUUCUCCAUGCCGUGUCUUGACCUUGCUUUAUAAAACCAGCCCCAGUGAGUCAGACUAAAGAUGCAGGUGACCUAGUUUCUGAAGACGGUUCGGAAACUCCAGCUGGGGCAGAACUUGGCUGCCAGGUUGCUCACCCACGGGGCAAGAUCGUUUUAAGCAUAUAACGGCAAUCCUGGCCCGGCUGCACCGACUGCCAAUUAAUUUCUGGGCCCAAUUCAAAAGGUUGGUUUUGACCUAUAAAUCCUAAAAGGGCCCAGACCGCAAUACAGUGGUACCUCGGGUUACAGACACUUCAGGUUACAGACUUCGCUAACCCAGAAAUAGUACCUCAGGUUAAGAACUUUGCUUCAGGAUGAGAACAGAAAUUGCGCAGUGGCAGCAGGAGGCCCCAUUAGCUAAAGUGGUGCUUCAGGUUAAGAACAGUUUCAGGUUAAGAACGCACCUCCAGAACGAAUUACCGUAUUUUUCGCCCCAUAGGGCGCACCGCCCCAUAGGACGCACCUGGUUUUUUUGGGUUGGUGGGGAAAUAAAGAAAAAAAAAUUAUUCCCCCCCCCAGGCAUGGGGCUGGCGCGGGGGAAGCCCGAGCUUCUGCCGACCCCAGCCCCCAGAACAGCCUGCUAUCCGCAAGCCUAGGGAGCCGCGCCGGUCUUCCCAGGCUUGCGGAGAGCUGCGCGAAGCCCGGGCGCACUCUUCAGCGCGCCCCAGGCUUCGGAAUGCAGGCAGCUCUGCGCAACCUUUGGGAGCCCGGCGCGGCUUCGCGCCAGGCUCCCGAGGGUUGCGCAGAGCUUCCUGAAUCCUGGAGAGCGAGAGAGGUCGGUGCGCACCGACCCCUCUUGCUCUCCAGGAUUCAGCGAAAGCUUGCAUUCGCCCCAUAGGACGCACACACAUUUCCCCUUCAUUUUUGGAGGGGAAAAAGUGCAUCCUAUAGGGCGAAAAAUACGGUAAGUUCUUAACCCAAGGUGCCACUGUACCUUGAGGGCAAGCUCUCUCUGUAUGCACCAACCCAGACCCCGCAUUGAUCAGUUGAGGCCCCUUCCAUGUGAGGUCCGGAGUGUGGCAACAUGAGAACGGGCCUCUUCUACAGUGGCUCCCUGCUUUUGGAAUCCUCUCCCCUGGGGAGCUUCAUUACAUACCUUUAGGUGCCAGGAGAAACCAUUCCUCUAUAAUCAGGAUUUUGACUAAUCUAUGGUUCCCAACCUUUUUUUGGCCAUGUCCCACCUAAGCAUCUCGAAAAUCCUGAUUCCCCCAUCCCACCCCACCCCCCGGUGACAUAUAAUUCUUCUUAUUCAAAAAGUGAUAUCCAAUUCACGUGGAGGAAACCUAAAAAGCCAUUAACUGUUAAUAACUCAUUCUCAAAUUGCCCCCCUUAAAAAUCAAAUUGCCCCCUGUGGGAACCAUGGCUCUAUAUCCUUUUAAACUGUGUGGGUUGUGGGGUGUUAUGGUUUUGUUUGGUAUUGUGUUACACAUUUUUGUGUUUUUAUAGUGUAAAACUGUAUACUGAUCCUCUGAUGAAGGUAAAGAAAUUUAAUUAAUAAUUAUAACAAAAUCCAAAACAGUAACAAUUAAUUGCACAUUUAUUCAAAAUCCAGCUAAAGUGGUUUAGUUUAAUUAAUCCAACAAAACUGAUGAAUUUGAUCCAGUGAUGCCAGCUUUUCAAAGUCCGAUAGUCAUUCACAACUCCAGUGCCCCUGCUGCCAACCCCUUGCCUCUUAGCUCCCACCACUAGGUAAUCCCACCACUGAUUCCACUGCUUUAGAGAACCACCAGUUUAGAUGAACUUUAAUAAUUAUUCAUACCUGAUCCGUGCCUUCAAGGGGGUGGGAUAUUUAGUUUGCCAUUUUAUUUCUAAUUAUUAAGAUAGGUUGCCUUUCGCACGGGCCUUUCAAAGUCGCGUAUCGUAAAGCCCAAACCCAGAAAUAUGUGAAUCCUGUUAAAAUCGCAUCCAGUCGAGCAGUCGUGUGUGUGUGUGUGUCAGAGGCUUCAUAUGAAACGGUCCAAGGUGGACGUGAAGCAAGGUAAAAUCUAGAGAAGCAGCCAGCCACCCCUUCUCCUUGCAGCCGCAUCAUCAACAAGCACACGGACGAGUCUCUGGGGGACUGCUCCUUCCUCAACACCUGCUUCCACAUGGACACCUGCAAGUACGUCCACUACGAAAUCGACGCCUGUGCCGACCUGGACACCCCUUGCGGGCGGGAGCUGAGCUCGGGCCAGGAGCUGGCGCUGCCCCAGGCGGUGGGGAGGGACUCCAGCGUGGACCGCCUUUUCCCUCCGCAGGUACCCAGGGCUGGCCGCAGCGGAUAUCUGCAGCAGUGGGGAGGCGGGGAGGCAUCCAUGACUUGGUACGAGGCAGCUUCCUGUGGAUGCCGCCUUAAUUACAGCGGAACCUCGGGUUACGUCCCUAUCUGGAUAUGUAGUCUUUGGGUUGCAAAAGGAGCAAACCCGGAAGUAUUUUUCCAGGUUUUGCUGCUUGCACAUGCACAGAACUGCUCUAUCAGCCGUGCACAGAAGUGGCGCCUCUGGUUACGGAUUUUUGGGGUGCGCAGAGACCCCUGGAACGAAUUACCGUAUUUUUCGCUCAAUAAGAUGCACCAGACCACAAGACGCACCGAGUUUUUGGAGGAGGAAAAUAAGAAAAAAAUAUUCUGAAUCUCAGAAGCCAGAACAACAAGAGGGAUCGCUGCGCAGCGAAAACAGCGAUCCCUCUUGCUGUUCUGGCUUCUGGGAUAGCUGCGCAGCCUGCAUUCGCUCCAUAAGACACACACACAUUUCCCCUUAUUUUUUGGAGGGAAAAAGUGAGUCUUAUAGAGCAAAAAAUACGGUAAAUCCAUAUCCAGAGGAUCCACUGUAUUUUGAUUUUUUUUUUGAAGCACUUCUCCAUGUUAUCUAAGGCUUUCCCUUCCCCGUUUCCUCUCUUUGCCCCCAGUGGAUUUGCUGCGACAUCCGCUACCUUGACGUCAGCAUUCUGGGCAAGUUCGCUGUCGUGAUGGCUGACCCGCCUUGGGACAUCCACAUGGAGCUUCCGUACGGGACCCUCACGGACGACGAGAUGAGGCGCCUCAACAUCCCCGUCCUGCAGGACGAGGGGUUCCUCUUUCUGUGGGUCACCGGCCGGUAUGGGACAUUAACCCAGCUUGUUCUUCCUCCGAGGAUCUCCCCUUUCCCCUUCAUGCUCACGACGACCCUGGCAGGUAGGGCAGGCAGAGGGAUAGCAUCACCCAGUGAGUUUGGUGGCCGAGACGGGAUUUGAACCCUGGUCCAGCAGUCUAACCACUACACCAGGUAUUCCCCACCCUACAGCCCUCCCGAUAUUCUUGUGCUCUGAACUCCCAUCAGCCCCCAGGCAGCAUAGCUCAGGAGGGGAUCUGUGGCUGAGAAAUGCCUGGCAGGACCAGAUUCUCCCACGUACCGCCAUCUCGGCAAGACCCGGAGUCGCCUCCAGAGGGCGACAGAGAACCGGGAAGAACCUGGCUUCUUAGAGUGGUAGAUAGAUCCAUGUUAGGUCUAAGUAACCUUUUCGGGGCCAGGAAGGGGUGGAACCAGAGGAAAAAGCAGAUGGAACAAUGAAUCUAAAUGCUGCCUUUGUACUGUAGGCUACGGUCUGUACACAUCGAACUCUAGCCUCCAUCCAGGCAGACAAGAGGCAUUCUCAGAGGUCAAGUGCAGCCAAAAUACAGAGGCUGUGAAGUAGGGCCCGUGUGGCCUGGGGGCCAGUUAAAAGAGGCAGGAGGGACACAUUGAGAUUCUCCCACCUGCGAGGUAGGAGCAAGCUUGUUCUGGAGUGGGAAAGAGUGUUAACAGCCUCAACCCAUUCAACUAUGGGGCAACAAGAGACAGGGGCGGAAAGGGUCUCUCUCUUCCCCACUCAUGAGCAGCCAUGAUUCAUUCACCAUUCAUAUUGCUCUUUUCUCUCUCUGUUGCAACCGCAAGGGCCAUGGAACUCGGCCGGGAGUGCCUGAAUCUCUGGGGGUAAGUGCCAAAGGUGGAGGGUCCUCUCCUUUCUGGAACCCCUCUUCUUUCUGCUCAGUCUCACUGCCUGCUGUCCUCCCCCCUCCCUCUGCUUUCUAGGUACGAGCGAGUAGAUGAGAUAAUCUGGGUGAAAACAAACCAGCUCCAGCGCAUUAUCCGGACGGGGCGGACAGGCCACUGGCUCAACCAUGGCAAAGAGCACUGCUUGGUAAUUGGGAUGGGGGGAAGAGAGAAAUUAGGUUAGGAAUCCCAUGGAAACGGAAAGCAUACAGGAGUCCUGGUUAUUUUGGGGUGGAGGGAGACACACAGGCAGUCUAUAAUUAUCAGCAUGUUGGCUCGUCCAUGUAUAAUCCCUCAAGUGCAGAACUUGGGCAUGCUGGAGAGACUUUAAAAAAAGCAAGCUACUAGCCCUCGUGGCUAUUGAAAAGAACCAAGAGAUACCCCAUGCCUUUUCCAUCCCCCUGGCUUUCCCUGGCUGAAAACAACUGAACACCCAAAUUAUUGAGAACACUAGAUUACAGUGGGGGAUGGGGGGUGGAGAAUAAAUCCUGGGCCACUGCUCAUUGUUUUGUGGGCUCCACAAAGCCCACUGAAAUGCUUAGCCUGUGGCCUGUACUUCUCUGCCUUGCCUGGGGUGGGGAGUCUGUCAAAACACCUUUCCUGGGUGUCCUAUUUCUUUAGAACGCUUGGUCCGUGCAAUAUUGCAGGUGAUAACAGUGCUAAUUCACUGCAACGGAUAGCUCAGGAAUAGCCAACAUCGUGCCCUCCAAAUGUUGUUGGACUCCAACUCCCAUCAGCCCCAACUGAAGAGAUGAUAGGAGAUGUAGUCCCAACACUAUCUUUGCAAAAGCUGCUCUUAGCGGCUUCACCUUAGAGGGGAAGGUAAUGCCUCGCCCCUUCUUUUGAGGAGCCCUGCAAUAGAGGACGCAAAGCAUUGCAUGUAAAUGGGCACAAGUUACGGAGGAGCCCAAUUGUGCCUGAACCAUCUUUUUUUUUUGUGGGCAGGUCGGGGUGAAAGGAAACCCCCAGGGCUUCAACCGAGGUCUUGACUGCGACGUCAUUGUGGCAGAGGUAAGGCAGAGAGUUGGGUCAGCCCAACACUGGAUCCAGGGGUGGCGGAAAGAUCCCCCCCCCCACAAUAUUUACUGUCUGUGAAAUUUACUGUCCCGCAGGUACGCUCCACCAGUCACAAGCCAGACGAGAUCUACGGCAUGAUUGAGCGGCUCUCGCCUGGGACCCGCAAAAUAGAGCUCUUUGGGCGACCCCAUAACGUCCAGCCCAACUGGUGAGCGUCACCCAUCCCAUUUGACCCUGAACCGUUGAAUGACCUCUCAACUCUCUCUUUAAGAUUUGAACUCUGCGGCAAAGCCCAUGGUUCUCAUGUCAACUUUGACAGAAUUUAGAAAUGUAGUCCAUGGUUCGAUCCCUGGGAUCUCCCAAGUAGGACUGGGAAUAUCCCAUCUGCAGCCCAGGAGAGCUGCUGCCAGUCAGUACUGAGCUAGAUUGAUCAAUGGGCUGACUUGGCACCCUUUGCUGUUCCCAAUCCAGCCCAAGCCAUGCGAAGAAAGGGAAUUAUUUUUAUGCCCUUUCUGGGACCCACUUGAAAAUGUAGCUUUAGAAUCUUAAGUCCGUUCAGAUCGCUCGACGGAUUUUCAAACUUCCGAGUAAAUUUCAGAAUUUGUUUGUGCUGUUUAAAGGAUGCUGCUGAGAGUAUACAUCAGACACGUCAAUGAGCUCCUCUUAGUGCCAGAUUAAGAAGUCACCCUACAUGGUUGUUUUUUUUAAGAAAAGCAACCCCAAGUAGUCUUUGGAAAGGUUUAAGACAGGGGUAGCCAUCCAGAUGUUGUUACCCUCUCCCAUCAGCCCCAGAUGUGGAGCUGCAUGUGGAGAGCAUGUUAGCUACUCCUGCCCUACACAAAUCAAAGUUUGCAUCUCUCUCUUAAACCUGCUGAAUUACGUCUCCUUUAAAACCAUACCAACAGUUGUGGCCUCCCUAACCAAAGAAUUCCAGGCACUGUAGUUUGGCAAGAGCAUCCCUGCUUCAAAGAGCCUCAGCUGCUGGAAACAUGUGAGCUGUGACCCCUAUGCAGCAUUUGCAGUCAGCCAGGUCAGGGCUCAGCUUGAGGGGAGCAAGUCUGGCUGGGAACUGAAGAUGGGAGAAGAGCGUUCUCAACCAAAGGUCCAUCUAAUCGAGCAUCCAGUUCUCACUGCGGCUAACCUGAUGCCCCAGUGGGAAACCAGCAAGCAGAAUUGUAGCACAGGCGCCAUCUCCCCUCCUGCGGUUUCCAGCAACUGGGAUUCAGAAACAUCGCUGCCUCCAGUUGUGGAGGCAGAGCAUAGCCAAUGUCACUAUUAGCACCUCAGUGGCCUUCUCUUCCCUGAAUUUGUCCAAUCCUCUUGGAAAACCAUCCAAGUUGGUGGCCGUCAAAUGAGGUUUUGCUUAAAGAUGCAACAUUACGCUUGGUGGCAACUCUAAAUAAAUAGACAGAGAUCUGGUGAUCUGAUCUGGGUAGGUGGCAGAUACUGUUAUUGCUACUAUUAUUUAGGGGGCAAUCCUGUCCACGGGAAUGAGUUGGGUUAGGAUGCAGCCGAUUUGUGGCUGAGUGAGGAGCCUGAGCUCAGCCAAAGAUACCUUGGCAUUCUCUUCCCACUUACAGAUCUCAGCAGCUGAUAAUCAAAAGUUUUCCACCAGUGCCCUUUAACCAGUCCUUCACUCAGCCUCACACUGGAACCACAACACAGGUUUUAUAUAGACCCCCUUUCCUUAUUCCCUCCACCCUCCCCUUAAUCCAUCCUCUCUCUCUCUCUCUCUCACGUCUUAGGAUCACGCUUGGUAACCAGCUGGACGGAAUCCACCUGCUGGAUCCAGAUGUGGUGGCUCAGUUCAAACAACGUUACCCAGACGGAAUCAUCUCCAAGCCCAAGAAUAUGUAGAGGGGAGACAAGGGGAGAUUUCAGCGCGAUGGACCAAAGGGGGUGUUUUGCAGGGGGUGCUGGCAAAAGCAAUGGAUUGUAUUCUAAUAUAGGGUGGUUUUUUUUCCAAAAUAAAUAAAACAAAAUGGAUUCUUUCUCCAUAGCCGAGUCUUGGGAAGAAUGUGGGACGUAGAAUCGAGA